AUGUCGCAUCACUCGUUAUACUUCACGCGCGGCACCCCUCGAUGCAGCGCACCGGCAUUUACUUUGGACUUUUCGCAAGCACAGUCACUGGAAAUAAUCGCGGAACGGUUACGCCAGCAGUAUACCUAUGGAACUUCCACACCACCGCAUUUGCUGGACCCGGGCCAAGUGCACGACUUCUCUUCUCGCCAUCCCAAGGGGUUCGAGCAUAAAUCUCGAGAAUGGACCUCUCAAGAAGAAGCUGUGGAUGAUGUUUCUCUGGUGACACCCACUUUCAGCAAGCCAAAACCCAUUGGCAUGGCUUUGGGAAACGGCGUGGCUCCCACAUCUUCUACAGCCACGCCCCCGAUGGUUCAACGCGUUCCCCCACCGCAAACAAACACCCCGGCCGACCAAACAUCUCGUGCUUUGACGAUCAAAGCUACCGCUCCUUUCAAAGAGGAACCCUCUGCACCGAAUAAAAAUCUUGCAGCAACCACCACUGAGCCCCCUCACGUCGCGCCACAAAACUGUGGUCCGAUACCUCGAGCUCCGCCCACCAGGCCAGGGACUCCGGGAACUCCCCGGCCGGCAGACUUGAGGAGAAGCGUUGCUCUCUUGAACGCAAAUCGAAGCGGGAUGGAGGAAGUUCAGCCUCCGUCCACCUCGACUGUGCCACAGAAUCCUUCUACACAAGCUGCUCGCCGAAGCAAGCGAGGAAGCCGCGCUGGCUCUCAAAACUCAAUGUCUUCACCCGACUACAGGCCGUCAUCCCCUUCCUCUGAGGCGUCCGAAUCCCCAGAACCAAGCUUGACGGCAUUAUCAAUACAUUCUGCGUCACCGAGUCGGCGCCGAUCCGCUCGCGCCAGAGCCGAGCCUGUGACUUAUAAUCUCAAGCAGCUGUCUCUGAAGGCGCUCUCUGCGGACCAAGAAAACUCACUGCCAGAUUCCCCCUACCAGUCGGAGAGAGAAACAGCCUCUGUCGUUGAUCUGUCUACGCCACUCAGUGCAUCAUCACGACCGGCUUCUUUUUCCUCCUCUCGUCCGCCUCUGGCGUCUCGUCCUUCUCUCCCUCCCCGGCAACACCUUCCCUCGCGUCAAACAUCCCAUUCUCGAGCGUAUUUGCAAGAAUUCCCUGAUUUGGUUCAAACCCCACGGGAGCCUCGGCGGAAAAGCAACCUGGCGAAACUGUUAUGGACUCGAGAGUUUCAGGGCCCACGGGCAAGUCAGGACCUGGUGCGCGCGACUGUUAGCUCGAACCUGAGGCUCUGGAAGUCUUGGAAGGGAGCGUCCAACGACGUGGACGCAGUGACAUUUUCGCCCGAUGGCACCCGAUUUGCCGCCGGGGCCACUGCGCUGUCGGAUCAGUACAACCGUGGUAACAACCUGGUUUAUGGAGAUAUCCCGAAGAACACUUUAUAUGAGCUUCCCGAUCAUAAUGUGCCCCGGAAGGUGAAUGCAGCCAUGGCGGAUGAACGUCUCUUUCCAACGGUAUCCACGGCCCAGUGGGUGGAUCAAACGCUAUAUACUGGCAGCUACGACCAAACCGUGAAGAUCUGGGAUACCAAUAAUCUGCGCGCUACCGGGAUUCCAACUUGUGAGAGAACGCUUCGGCAUGACUCGGGAGUUUUAGUCAUGGGCGUAUCUACUCAGAUGCCGCAUCUGAUAGCCACUGGAACCACCCACUCAUUUCACCUGUGGAACCUCCAUGACCAGAGCAGCAAUCCCCAGUCACUUGAAAUUCGCCGAGAUCCUCGCCAAAAGGCCAACAUCAUCCUUGGACCAACAGUGCUCGGAUGGGGACAAGCCCCGGCAUCAAAGCGUUAUGUCGUCGGAGGGAUGGCAGAACAGCUCCCUGACAACGAAAUGGACGAGAAGAAGAGAUUUCAGGUCCUCAAUCACGGCCAUUUGGGGAUGUGGAAGGUUAAUGAGUCCUCUAUCGACCUGUGCCGGAUCCGUGGUGCCGAUUCCCAAAAUAUCUUUGACCUCAAAUGGCACCAAUCCCUGCCCAAAUUCGCUAUUGGCAGUACCUACAGUCAGGCGAUGAACCUGCCUCUACGCUCCAAGUCGGUUGUACAAAUCUUUGAUAUUGAGUCUGGCGAUCGAGCCGUAGUGACUGGGAAAUGCGCCUGCGCGGCCGCGGAUAUCAACGAGGUCACGUUCUGUCCGAUGAACUCGACGUACGUCACGGCCAGUUGCACAGACGGGAGCACCUACGUGUGGGAUAUCCGAUUCGACCCCAGACCAAUCCACCGGCUCCGCCACGGCCCCUCGGUCAUGACUCUGAAUCCUUCGUACGCGACAGAGCUGACCGAUUUCGGCGUUCGUGUGGCACUCUGGGGCACCACGAUGGAUCAAUUCUACACUGGCGCCACAGACGGCUAUCUCAAGCAGUGGGACAUUCGUCGAUCCGCAGAAGACGCACUCGUCGCCAACACGGUCCAUCUCAACGACGGGAUCACCAGUGGCGCAUUUUCCGCUGACAAGUCGCAGCUUCUCCUAGGUGACUUUGGCGGCGGGGUGCAUCUCUUGACCUGUGAGAACACGGACCCUAAUCAAGCGAGCUUUCACUAUCAGCCCGCUCCGGAACCCGCCUCCACUGAGGAGCCAGGGAUCCCUAUCGCCAAGAAGCUUCUCGAGUCGCGCAAAUUAAUCUUGCAUCCUGUCUUUGGCCCCGUCCAAGGGCCUGCCUACAACGGGCCAUAUGCCGCGUGGGCACGCGGUCUUCCCAAGGCCACGCCGGCAGUCAAGAUCAGGGAGACGCCAUUGCUGGGUGAGUACCAGGCUCGUCAAUUCGACGGGCCUCCCAUCUACGCCCGACUUGGCCUCGAUACCGAAUCCCGUCGAGAUCUUGAGUGUCAGUUCAAUCUCGCCCGGGCCCGGCACGCCCGGCGUGGCCCUACCGGUGUCGCACGAAAGGGUCGCAACGAUUCACCCAGGAAGCGCAAGCGUGACAAUCUCACAGAAUAUGGCGGCAUAGAAAAGGACCAACCACGUCCGGGGUCCGUCAGUCCCAUUCGGCAACGGAGCCCAAAGAAAAAGAAGAAGAAGAAGAAGCAUCACCAUCGCCGAAGCCUCCACGUGAUCACACGUCUCGAAGAAUCCGUCAUUGACUUGACGAUGGACUCGGAACCGGAGUCUGAAGUGGUCCCGAUGGGGGAAACCUCGGUGUCCACGUCGGACCUGAAUACCGCAGUGGAUCCUGCCCCUGUGGCUGUGGACGAUUCCAGUUCACACCUGGAAACCCAUAAGUGCCCCUCUAGUAGCCUGGGGGCGUUUGAACAGCCUGUGGCAUCUCCAGAGCGAGAGAGAUCUUCGUUAUCCCCCGUGAUCAAGGUCCUCGAUGAAGACUCGGAGGAGGACUUUGAAGAUUAUUGGUGGCCGGAGAAUCGGCACGUUGAUGCCAAUCUGAGCCCUGGUGAUCUGUGA